CAAGAAUCACUUUGGGAAGAGCUCUAGGCCUGCCUGGUCCAGGCUCACUCCAAGCAGCUUUGGAGCUGAUGAGAGCAGGACUGCUCCAUCCUUGCAGUGACACCAUGGAUCCAUGUUACAACCACACAAGCUCUCAAAAAAGCAUGGACCCCCCCCUGCAGCUGCUGGUCGGGUUCUUUCUGGGCAUCCUCAUCGUGAUCACUCUCUGUGGUAACAUCAUUGUCUGCCUGGCCGUCACCCUGGACCGGCGGCUGCGGAGCGUGACAAACCGCAUCAUCGUCUCCCUGGCCAUCACAGACCUGCUGCUGGGGCUGCUGGUGCUGCCCUUCUCUGCUUUCUAUGAGCUCACCAAGGAGUGGCCCUUUGGCAGCGUUUUGUGCAACAUCUACACCAGCCUGGACGUCAUGCUGUGCACGGCCUCCAUCCUCAACCUCCUCAUGAUCAGCCUGGACCGCUACUUUGCCAUCACCACCCCGCUCCGCUACGGCCAGGUGGUCACUCCCUCCCGGGUGGCCGUGGGCUUGGCCAUCAUCUGGACCGUUUCACUGAUGGUCUCCUUCCUACCCAUCCACCUGGGCUGGAACACCAAGGGGACAGCAGUGGAAAACACAGGCCCCACCUGCAGCAAGGAGUGCACGCUGGCAGUGAACCUUGUGUACGGGUUGGUGGACAGUUUGCUCACCUUCUACAUCCCUCUGGUCAUCAUGUGCAUCACCUACUACCGGAUACUCAGGAUAGCCAGGGAGCAAGCCAAGAGGAUAAACCACACGUGGGGCAACGCGCCCGUGCCCCCCAUGGUGAAGGAGCACAAAGCCACCGUGACGCUGGCAGUGGUGCUGGGAGCCUUCAUCGUCUGCUGGUUCCCCUACUUCACCCUCUUCACCUACCGGGGCGUGUGGGGGGACAGCCAGGUCAAAGGCACACCCAUGUCCAUUGUGCUCUGGCUGGGCUAUGCCAACUCAGCCCUGAACCCCAUCCUCUAUGGGACACUCAACAAGGAUUUCCGAGUGGCCUACCAGAACUUGCUGCACUGCUGCAGGACGGGACACCCCAGGAGCUCCCACCUGCCUCCCCUGCAGAAGGCCAAGCCCAGGGGCAGGCAGGGCCAGGGCAGGCAGGAGAGCAAACCCUUGAAGCUGGAGGUGAGGAAUGAGAAGGGGACUCUGCUCACUGAUGGAGCCCUCAAGAGCACUGGAGCUUUCCUGUGAGUCUCAGCCAGCCCACUGCCCUAGGACCCACAUCUCCCAGCCUUCAACUCCUGGCUGCCCUCUUCCAAAAUCCUG